AUGAUUAAAAGAGAACUUUGUCUUGAAGAUAGAAUAAUGUCUAAGAAAGAAAAACAUACACUAGACUCUAGAAAGAAUAAAAACAAACGUUCUGUUCAAUUAUGUUUUCUUAUGGGAAUACUAAAUAAAUUUUGUUCUUUAACAUUUCAAAGACCAAGAAAGAAAUCAAGUCAAACCCAACAAAUAUUUAGAGUUAAGACACUUCAUUUUAAUCAAGAAAAUUUUGAUGUUGAACCAUUUCUAAUAGAACGAUGUCAGUGGUAUUUAAAUCAAACCAAUAUUAAAAAGUCAACAGAAAAAAAUAUUAAACAUCGUUUAGAAGAAGAAAAAAUGGUUGUUUUAUUUGAGUUAUUAAUCGACAUUGCAACUGAUUUUGGAUUUAUUUUCAUUACAAGUAAAAUGAAAAAUAAAUUUAAUAGAAAUAAAAUUGAUUUUAUUGAAGAAGUUUAUUAUAAAACAGUUCUUCUAUUUAAUAAAAAAAAUAUAGCUAUUAUAGGUGAGCAAGUCAGUACAUUUUUAUCCCAAUUAACAAGUGUUCAAAAAAAAGAAUGUAUCCUAAAACAAAAUAAUUCUGUUAUUCAUUCAAUAUUAUCUAAAAAUUCAAUUAAUUUUAUUGAUGUUCCUUAA